GUUGAUGCUGCCUAGUCAUCAGCAACAACUGCCUUUCAAAGCGAAGCUCGGAAUCAGCUUGUUAAUACCCACGCAAAAUAGUGUGCCCUUACAGUAGCUUGGUUCACACUCCCGGCUUGCGAAAUCCCCGAACCAUUCCUCGACAUGCCUUCCGCUGUUGAUCCAGGAGAUGACCUAUGGAUGGCCAUCAAGCAGAUAUCGCAAUCAACUUCAGACUCUGACUACAUUGAACAAUUAGUCCCCGUCAUGAGAGAUGGCCGUUAUGCCAGUCAACUUGAGCAAGCCUUCAGCCAGUUCUCAGUCGAGCGCGAACACGAGAUUGAGCAAAUAUGCAAUGCAAAUCAUCAGGAAUUUGUCAGCUCCGUCAAUUCAUUACUCCAAGUUCGAGAAGGCACCGUUCAGAUGACCACUCAAAUUCUUGAACUUAACGAAUCUAUUCAAGGCAGUAUUGAGCAUCUUGCGGAGCAAAAGAAGGCUUUGGUGGAUUCUCGUGGAGUCCGCCAAAAUAUUGACGAAGCGACUCAAGCUCUCAACGCAUGUCUAGAUGUACUUCGACUCGCUAAUCAAGUGCAUGAUCUCCUUGUCAAAAAGAACCACUAUGCUGCGCUACGUGCACUUGACGAGCUGCAAACCAUUCACUUGAAAGAAGUUAGUCGGUACAAGAUUGCCGAACUGAUCGAAAAGUCGGUUCCUGCGACCCAGAAAUUGAUUGGAGAAGCCGUCAUGGCAGACUUGAACACAUGGCUCUUCCGGAUCCGGGAGUCGUCGCAAUUUCUCGGCGAAUUUGCUUUCUACUACACCGACGUGCGGCGGAACAGAAAUCAAGCACGGACAGAAGCAGACGAGCGAUUUGCCAAAUUCAAGCUCAAUUCCCCCAUGGAACUAGUGGCCGACGAAACCGACGAGUUCGAUAUCUUGAGCAAUGACGAAGCAGAUAUCAACAUCGAGUUUACGCCACUUUUUGAAGCCAUGCAUAUCCAUGAAACUCUAGGCAAAAGCGAUUAUUUCAGAACAGAAUAUGCCUCUACCCGGCGGAGACAGAAAGAUCUGCUUAUCCCCCCUUCACUAAAUCUCCUAGACGAAAAUUGCGGAGAUUUAAGUAGCUUAUUAGAAAGCAUUGCCGGCUUUGCAAUUAUUGAGAAGGCUACCAUGGCGAAGACAGACAAUUUCAGGCAGCUGGUAGAUGUAGAUGAGCUUUGGGACUCGAUGUGUCAGAGCGCCAUUACUCUUAUCACCAAUUCCCUCCCCACUGUUGAGAAUGAUGAGCUUCUUCUAAAGAUCAAAGGCAGGAUCGCCCUCUUUAUGCUAACAAUGGAGAAAUCGGGCUAUUCCGUCUCAACCAUGAAUAAUUUGCUCCUCACACUGUUCGAGAAGUAUGCUGAGCUCCUUAAGCUGCGUUUCAGCGACGACUUCCAGGAAAUUGUCACGACUGAUGAUUACAUGCCCAUGCCAAUCAACAGCAUCGAAGAAUACGAUAAAGUUGUGUCCGUCAGUUGGUACACCCCAGACAAGGAGCGCGAGCAACUCACGUUUCCUUGCAUCCUGCCAUUCUCACAAAUGUAUCCUCUCUGCUGCAUUGAUAUUAGGAAUUUUCUGAACCAGAUAUACUUGUUCUCCGAUGAUUACUUCCAACGAUCAACUGUAAUCGACGAGACACUUAGAACCUCUCUCGACGAGCUACUUUGCGAAAAGGUCUGUCAAUCGCUUGUAGACCGUCUUAGUUCGCAAUACCCUGGCCAGAUUGUCCAGAUUUUAACAAAUCUGGAGCAUUUUGAGACUGCCUGUUCUGAGUUGCAAGAUCUGCUUUUCCAAGCCCGAUCCUCGACUUCCGCCACGGGACCCGUUAUCUUGGAGGCGACUGAGCAGUUCAAGGCUGCGAAGAAGACGGCGUCAGAUCGCAUCUUCGAAUUGGUGAACUCUAAGAUUGAUGACCUCAUCGAGACGGCGGAAUACGAUUGGAUGGCUACGAAGCCCAACAAAGAGCCAAGCAACUACAUGCAAGAACUUACUCGAUAUCUUUCCAACAUCAUGAACUCGGUCCUUCUUGCUCUGCCUACCGAUAUUAAGGAGUUUAUCUACUUUGAUGCACUCAGCCAUGCGUCGACCGCCAUUCUACAACUUCCUCUAGACGAUUCAGUCAAGCGUAUAACACCAGGUGCCGUGCAAACGCUAGCCACUGAUGCCGCUUUCCUCUCCUCAUUCGUCGAAAGCCUUAACAAUCCAAUCUUGAUGGAGAAUUUGGAUGAACUAAUGCAGACAGUCACCCUUAUGGGCAGCGAUAACUCAGACGAAUUCUUCGACGUAGCGCAGAGGAACCGCAAAUAUGGAAAAGUCGACCAGAUCAAGGGCGCGAUCUUAACCACCAAGGUGGCAGAGGGAACCGCUGUAGCUGCUCAAAGCCCGGCGAAGCCUGCAGAAAGGUUCGCAACUCUGGGAUCGAGGUUUGGUAUUAGGUAGGCGAUCAACUCCUGGGUCUUCAUUGAUGUAGAAUGGACUCGGCGUUGCUGGUAUUGGGUCCGCAUGAUACCAUUUUGCAUGAGCAGAGUGGAAGAAGCUUCUCUUAAGGGAGUUCCCUGUUCACAUUGGAGUUGUGGUAGGUGCUUACUAGCUCGGGAUUAAUCGUAACAUUUCUUCCGU